ACUCCCAACCACCCCCCUCAUUUGAACAGAACCAGAACCACGAUGCGGAUAAGGCUGCACUUGUGUUCUUGCAGAAAUGUAUUGCCAGAAAUGUCGAGCACCUUUAGAGUUGGAUGGGUCUCUGGAAACCCUGAAUCCGGCCGCCUUCGACCUGCUUAUCGGAGCUACAGGUAAAACUCUUCCAGAGCAUGGAAGCAACACGUCUACGAACCGCACGGUGUACCCGCAGGAACGACAAGAGCUGUACGAGCGCGUCUCGCAACAAUCUACAUCGCCGGUGUAUCGACGGUCGAUUCCGGCGCCUCGCCAGGGGGUGAAUGCGCGGAUGGGGCGAGCAGAGAAUGGGAACAUGUCGUUUGUCAUGCUCACGGAGUCCCAAGUCGUGCCGCACCAUGCGAUACCAGCCGCGAAUAUGGGGGAUGUGGUGGGAUCCGGGGGUGCGGCGAGCAGCAGCCAGCGACCGGCGACGGGUUCGGGUGGGGAGAAUGGCGAGGGGGAUGGGAGUUUCUCGGAGCAGGUGGAACGGACGGCCAAGUUGUUCGAGAUUGUGUCUGCUCGCUCCGAUAUCGACCACCCGGUGUGUACGGAGUGCACGGAGAUGCUGGUGGACGGGCUGCAGAAGCGGCUGGUGUCGGCGACCAGAGAACGCGAUGCAUAUAUUUCGUUCCUGAAGAAACUGAACUCGUCUGUCCCGACGGCUGAGGAGCUCGAGGCCGCGGAACAGUCGCUGAGAGAGACGCUGGCCGCCGAGGAGGCGGCGUAUACGGAACUUCUCGAGCUGGAGCGAGACCGGGCGGCUGUAGACGAAGAGAUUGCUGCUCUCGAGGAAGAGUCCCGCCAGCUCGAUCUGGAGGAGGAACAGUUCUGGCGCGACCGCAAUGCCUUUGCGCUAACGCUGGGGGAGUUCCAGAAGGAACGCGACGCGCUCAACAUGCGCUACGACCACGACUCGCGGCAGCUGGAGCGGCUGCAACGGACGAAUGUCUACAAUGAUGCGUUCUGCAUCGGCCACGACGGUUACUUUGGGACUAUCAACGGCCUGCGCCUCGGCCGUCUGACCAACCCGUCGGUUGAAUGGCCGGAGAUCAACGCUGCCUGGGGCCAGACCGCGCUACUGCUGGCGACGAUUGCGGAGAAGAUGGGCUUCCAGUUCCGCGGCUACCGCCUACGACCCAUGGGCUCGACCUCCCGGAUCGACAAAGUCGAGUAUCCUCAACAGUCUCCGACUCAGCCGAGUGCCGCCGCUGCUGGGGCCAAUGCCACUGGCCACGACCAGCCCAAGAUUACACCGUUAGAUUUGUUUUCAUCGGGCGACCUACCGCUCAACUUGCCCUGGCUCCACCGCCGAUUCGAUGCAGGAAUGGUGGCCUUUCUAGAAUGCCUUCGUCAACUGGGCGAAUUUGUGGAGAGCUCCCCGGCCCCGGCCGCCUCACCGCGGCGUGGUGGUGGUGGUGGCGGCCAUUAUCAUCACCAGCCCACCUUCACCGCUCCGGGUCUAAAAUUACCGUACGAGAUCAAGCGAGACAAAAUUGGCGAUGCAAGCAUCAAGCUUGGGUUCAACCAGAACGACGAGACGUGGACACGGGCGUGCAAGUAUACACUGACCUGCUGCAAAUUCCUGUUGGCACAUGCGAGCAACGUCGCCAGCACCGCGGCCAGUCAUUCCGCCGCCGUUGCAGCCGCAGCUGUGGCGGCUGGUGAGCAGGCGAGGCGAAGAUGACCUCCCCCGUUCCCAACUUCCCACCUAGGGACAGAGUACGGAGUACGGAGUACGGAAUACCUCUUUCUACGGAGUAAAAAGGGCUCAUCUCAUGGAAUAAAUCUCAAAUGUACACCACACCGUAAACGAUGAAAAGAAAAG